AUGGAGAAAGCAAACAACAUUAUCCACAACAUCGCAACCUUUCAACUUCCGCUCCGGCUCAGAAAAAUGGUACCCUACAUGCUUCGACAUCAAAGGGCGAAACGACGUACGCCACGCGGCGCAGUCGGCAAGAGAAUCUUUGGCGCUACCCCGCAGCCCCUCGCCACUCUGGAACCUUCGCAGCGCCGUGCUAAGUGGAAGUGCACUGGCAGGCCCCUUUCCCCCCUCUCGGGGAUCAAGCACCAACAAGUGGAAGGAGGUCGGCAGCCCGCACUCCGCCCCCCACCCCUCUCCCUCGUGCAGGCACUUGGAACGCUUACUGAACUAUGCCGUUGCCCUCCUGUUAAGAGUGGGGUGGUCUUUCAACCAAUUCAACGUUCACCACCUUCCCACACCCCAGAGGGUAUUAGGUGCGAAGAUCAGCCGAUACCAGCCGCGCCGCCAAGUGGCACACGUGUCAGCUAUGUUUUCCGGACUGAUUUCGUUCCUUUUGCGUUCGUUUUUGGUGUUUGA